AAUAGCAAGAUGGUACAGUGGCAGUGCGCCUUAAGACUGGGUAUCGAAACAUAACAGCGUCAAGGCAUGGAAUCAAACUUAUAGACAUACGAGUCAAGUACUUUCAAAGAUGUUUUAGUUUCGCGCCCUAAACUGAGAAAAAAGUAAGCUGCGAUUUUCAGUACAAUGAAAUAACAUUACAACGAAGACGGACAACGACCGCGCAGGUGAUUACAGAAAUGUAUGCAAAAGCUCUUUGUCAUCACCUUCGCUGUUUAGGAGACUCGAAAUAACAGCGUCGGCUCCGUAACAUUUCUAAACCUGACCAGCAAUAACGAGCGUACCGGAUCACGCAGAUCAAUGAAGAAUGCGCGAGUGCACGCUCAGUUGAUGAAGCCGGUGUUGGUAUCAUGCGUGUUGUGCCCGAGCCAAGCGCGCAGUCAUUGAGGUUGGUGUUCCUCUUCAUAUUCGUCAUGGGUGUAGCACCGUCUCCGGCAUUGACCGCCGGCUGCCCGGACCGCUGCGUGUGCGAUGACCAGUUGGUGGUCCAGUGUGCCGGGCAACAGUUAACAGACUUCCCAGUGGACCUUCCGUUGGCCACCCGGCAGCUCAUUAUCUCCAACAACCGGAUUGGCGACCUGCCGGCGCUGCAGCUUAACUACCUGUCGGAUCUGGUGUACCUGGACUGCAGCAACAACUCGCUGACGGAUAUCACAGAGUCCACUUUUGGGAACUUGCGCAAGCUCGCUUACUUGGAUCUGUCUUUCAACACCCUGACGCAGAUCGAGGACCGGACGUUUGGCCCACUGGCCAGUCUGGUCAUGCUCAGGAUGACGGAUAACCCAUGGCUGUCGGAGAUCCACCCGGACGCGUUCGCGGAGAACGCGGCGCUGCAGGUGCUGGACGUGAGCCGUAACAAUCUGACGACGCUCAACAUUAGCUCGCUGAUCGCCCUACCGGCUCUGCGCUCUAUGGGUCUGAGCGGAAACCCUUGGAGAUGCGACUGCGACACUGAAGACUUGUGUCUUUGGAUUCAGAUAGAGGGGUUCAAGUUCCAAGAUGAGGGGCAAACAGUGUGCCAGGGACCUCCAGACAUGCUGGGCCAACGACUAGCCGAGGUGGGAAUGCAACUGCGAUCGGAAUGCCACCAGGGCCUGGGUUACUGGGACUACCUGUUCUUCAUCGCCAUCGGUUUCGUAAUUUUUAGUGCUGGAACGGUGUCAGCAUGGGUAAUGGGCGUGCUCAUGGUUCUUUAUGAGCGCUACAGCAAGAGAAAGAGUGAAGAGCUAGACAGCGAGGAUGAGGAGACGGCCACCAGAGGUGGAGGAAGUGGAGGUAACCAUGGCAACGGGGACCUUAGCAAACCAGGAAUGCAGGUGUGACCUGAGGACAGAGGAACCCUGGGAAACCAUAACAGUACAUACCAAGAACAGAGAUUGAGCUGUGGACGUAGUCGUAAAGGAUUCUGGGAUUGGGAAUUUUUAAGUGCACUUUUUAGAAUGUGUCAACAUAUUAGUUUUAGAUUAAGACUAGCGGGAGUUGAAGAGAAGAGACGCAAGAGAGAAGGAAAGACAGACAGGGAAAGAUUGCAUAUUAGUAAUGCUUAUACACACAACAACGCUCUCCUUAGUGUUAGUAAUGUAAUUGGAGCAGGGUGAUAAUAUUGUGUUACACACCUGAGAGAGAAACAGUGACAGGCAAGGAAGCUUGAAACAAUUUGUUUUCUAAAAGUUUCGAAAGAGGUCAAAAUAACUAUUUGAGGACUAAUCCAGUAAACUUUCUCAGUUUUUAUUCAGCUUGGAAUAUAAAUGGACAAUAUAUAGGACAUUCUCUCAAGACUCAUGCAGUGUAUAAUGAGAGAACGAAGAUGGAAAACUGUCUCCACAACUCCCCAGGCGUGCUGAAAUGCUCUAUGAUGGAUUGAGAACAUUAUAUUGCAGGACUCAACAAUAAAGAUUUUCUUUCUGGCAGGUCAGGACAGUAUUUUAGACUUUUACAGGUCCUGCCAACAUCACUGGCCCCACAACUAAUAUUAUAAACAAGACCUUAAUUAACAUUUGAUAUAUUUUUAUUUCAUCAUGCAUUUGGCAGAUGCUUUUAUUACAUUUAAAGUUCAUUUAUCUGUGUUCCCCUGGAUUCAUACCUUGAUAAUUUAGAAUUGACCACACAAAGUGCAUUUAAAGUAAAACUAUUAAUAAACAAAUACAGUAUGUUGUUAAGUUUUAACAAUUGAUCAUAUGACACAUGAUGACAUUUAAAUUAGCAGGAUUCACAGGAAUGUUCAUAAUAUGUUUAGAAUAUGUCAUAAUUUUGGCAAGAAAAACAAAUGCAUCAGUUGUGACAACUGUGACAGUUCUUUCUGGAAACGCUCAGGCCAUCGGCCCACUUUAUUGUUGAGCCCUGUACUGGAUGUUAUAUUAUUGAUCUUAGCCUGUAUGCACUGCACCGAAAAAGCCUUACACAAUAGAUGUAACACGUCCAGCAAUAACACACCUCCAGGUGAUACUGAGAGCAAUAGGGAUGCGUGUGAAUGUGUAAGUGUGUGUGGCUCGCUGCAGCAAAACCACUACAUGUGGGGAAGAUUAAAGUAUGUCAGCAUUCUUUAAUUUUGGAAAGGCUUUAAUUUUUUUAAUCAAAUGUGAUUCCUCCUGCGGAUACAACACGUCACUCAAGGGCAAAGUCACCCCUCUCUCUUCCCACUGCACCAUUAACACUCACUUCUCCUGUAUUUCAUCCCUCAAAAAAGAAUAGAAAAGUCAAAUCCCCUGCUCUUUGGCAGAGUGGGAAAGCUAGUUGUUGGGGCGUUGUGGGAUUUUAGAGAUGCUAAAUCCAUCCGUAAUGGGUUGGAGAGCUUAAGCGAUGAUGCUGGUGGAAUGGGCUGCUCUUGAAAAUAUCUACGCUUCUGCUUUAAGUUUGAUGAAUACUUUUUCCAGUCCUCACUUUUUAUAACUAUUGCAGCAUUAAGGGAAUUGCAAAAGUGAUUGUUUCCCAAUCGUUUGCCAAAUACUCGGUCUUCCAUUGGUCAACAACCAUGACGUUUUUCCCAAAAAUAUUCACGUUGGUUAGAACGGGUUUGCUUUGUCAGACUUUUCAGUUUUAUGCCACUAAUGGUCCAAAAAUGAAAUGCUAUAUUUAUUAAUCACACUUGCUCUCACAUAUUAACCCGACAUAGGUUAAUUAAGAACCCAACAUUGGUUUUGUUUAUAAUUUACCCAAGUAUAGGUUGAAAACAUAUUUUUAUGUGUAGAAGAAUAGUGUCAGCAGUCCGCUAGAAUUGUUUAUUUUAACGUUUCCAUUGUUAGCAUCCAAAUCACUAAAGAAAUUAUGCAAAUCAGGUACUGGCAUAGAAACGGGCAAAUGUAAUUUGGAUGGCACCAUUUUACGGGUCAAUUAUGGAGUUCUGUAGAGCAGAGUUUCUCAGAGUGGGGUUCACAGUCCAUAACUAGGGGUCCACAAAAAAAUUUGCUAUUAAUUAUAAAUAUAAUUUAUUAAUUUAUUAGAACAUUUAUAUUGCCUGAACAAAGUUUUUGAAAGAAAUUAUUUUGGAAGAACAUACGUGGUAUUAAAAUGAUUCAAUAUGAAAUGUGCUUUUAUUAUUAUUAUUUAUUAUUACUAUGAAACGUAUCUGAAGUAUUUAGUUUGAAAAAAACAAUACACAUACCUCAAUAAAAGUGCAAAUUCUGGAAAAAAUAUGAGUCAUAACUGUUAUAAUAUUGAGAGGAUCCUUGAAAACUUUUUCCAUCUUUAUGGGGUCCCUAGCCUCACAAAUGUUCAGAACCCCUAUAGAGGAUAUGAUCUGGCUGUUUAUCUGUGACAGUACUGUACUGUGAUCCUGGCAACUGAAUCGGAUCUUAAAAAUGCUUAAAAAAGCAUGUUUAGUUGACCAAACACACUUUAUGCUCAUCAAACUGAAUGAUCACUCAAAAGGGCACAAAUUCAUACAAACAUCUUCCUAUCUUCUACUGGCAAAAUAUAGUGUUAUUGUCAGUAAUAUGCACUCUAUAUAAAACGUAAACUACACAGAAAUUUUAAAUACUUAUGGCACAGUUCUAUAUGAGCACAUUAGCUCCUGGUUAAACUGGUUUGUGGGUGGUUAGUUAUAAAGGGUGAAACUUUCACACAAGCAUAGUCCAGCUAAACUCACUGUAUUUGUGAACUUGUUUGUGAAAAUCUUCAGCUUCACGUUCCUCCUCUUCUCAUUCUCUCCCUUUCUCUCUCUAUCACUUUCUAUAUCUCUAUAGUCGCUGAGUCGUUUCUGAUUACAGUUCAUAGUGAGGUGUCACCAUGUCAACAGUGUUUAGUGUUCCAAAGUGUUAACUUCUCCCUGAGACAGACAGUGUCACGUUAGGGAGUAAAGGAUUAUGUACAAAUCAUUCCAGGAAAUGUCUGGAAUAACUUUCUCAAACAGAAAUAAAAAGAAACCUUAGCUAAAAAUGGUGCUGUAGGAACAUGGAGAUCAAAUGGAUCACGCUGAUGUCAGCUUCUCAGUAAUAUAAUUCCCUGUUCGCACAUGCAGCGAUUUUAUCUGGAGGUCACCAGGCUGAUGUACUGUGGGUUGCUAGUAGGUGUGCCUACUAAUGGAUGUCCUAUUGGAUGUUAUUGGUGACCAUUUGGCCAUUGAUUUAAACUGUCCAUUGUAUUAAUAAAUCGGAUCAAAAUGGGAAGGUAUUGCUGGAAGAAAUUAUGUAUAUACAUUCUGACUAGUGGGGGCACGGUGGCUUAGUGGUUAGCACGUUCGCCUCACACUUCCAGGGUUGGGGGUUCGAUUCCCGCUUCUGAAUUGUGUGUGUGGAGUUUGCAUGUUCACCCCGUGCCUCGGGGGUUUCCUCCGGGUACUCCGGUUUCCUCCCCUGGUCCAAAGACAUGCAUGGUAGGUUGAUUGGCAUCUCUGGAAAAAAUUGUCCGUGUGAGUGCGUGAGUGAAUGAGUGAGUGUGUGUGCCCUGCGAUGGGUUGGCACUCCAUCCAGGGUGUAUCCUGCCUUGAUGCCCGAUGACUUCUGAGAUAGGCGCAGGCUCUCCGUGGCCUGAGGUAGUUCGGAUAAGCGGUAGAAAAUGGAAUGGAAUGGAAUGGAAUGGAAUGGAACAUUCUGACUAUGAACAACACUGAGAAAAAACAACAUAACCAUUGGUUUAACCAAAAUUAUUUUAAUCUAAGCUAUCUAGGCCAAAUUCUAUCAACUAAAGUCAUAUCGCUUUACACACCUACACUGCAUCUGCAAAGUCUUUCAUGUCAUUGAAAAUGGCCAACAUUACAUUCAAAUUAAAUACGUUUCGGGUAACUGUAUUUUUUGAAAAGCCCCUUAAGAAUGGACAGACAUUUUCAAUAUUAUUGCAGCACCCUGCAAGUGUUUGUUGGUUCACCUACUCUGAACUCUGAAAGUUAUCAUGCAUGACUGUUUUCAUUGCCUUUAGACAACAAAAUAGAAUGGUGAGGUGGCGGAUUAGUCUUUUAUUCCUAUGAAUAUUAAUGCGUAAUAUAACAGGAGAUAAGGGACGGGCCCUGGUGCUAUCCGAUGUCUUGUGUACGCAUAAGAACAGAACUUUAUCCGAGUUUCCAGGUACGAACAGUGCCACAACACUGCAGUGCGUUCAGCCCUAAAACCACAAGCGUCAUCAGCAAUGCAGCAGAGAUUGCCUGUGUCAGGAAGAUCUUUAGACACUCACACAUAAACUCAAGAGAACACUAAUGAACUUUCAGUGUUUGCCCUGCUUUAAAGGUCCAGCCAGUGUAUGAAAUGUAACAGGAACUAGUGGUGAGGUUACGAAUUGCAACCAAUGCCUCACUCCAACUCCCUUUCAUUUACAUUUACCAAUUUGGCAGACGCUUUAAUCCAAAGUGAUUUACAUCGAAUUAUAUUAUACAUUUGUUUCUGACUAUGUUCAAUCAUGGGAUCGAACCCAUGACAUUGGGAUUGCUAGUGCCAUGCUCUAACCACUGAGCCACAGGAAAGCUAGCACUACGGUGGCUGCACAGAACUAAGAUUUCAUCAAGUUUUCGUUUUUUUGCCAAAGGAACCUAGUGUAAGGCUGGCUUAAAAAUAAAUGAUCUGACUACCUGGACAGCAUUUUGGGAUUCAUCGUAGAUAUGUUUAAGACUUGCAACAAAGGUUUGAAAAAACAGAAAGCCAAAAGACUAUGAAAACUUCCUAGAAUUUUAUGCAAAUAUGAGCGGAGUGUUUGGUUCAUCUUGAAUGCAGAGUCUAGUCAACAGUAUUAAUGCAUUUAUAAACGUUGAUUAUCGGCAGGCAGUGUUGCAGGAAGUGUUGCUCCACUUUUGGCCAUAGAAGACUGAAGUUGUGCUUUCAUAGACAGCAGAUUUGUGGAUCGAUUUGCGGUCUGCAGCAGUGUGUUUGUCACGUUCUGUCCAUAAUACAUAAUGCUCUCCCUAUCUGACUGUAGCCACCUUAAUGUACUUACUGUACCUCUUCUCUUGUAUUCUGCUGCUCUGUUAUACCUCAUUUCCCCCUGUUCUUAUCUCUGCAGUGCUGCUUUUGUGAGGGUGAUAGCAUAAGGCUGCUGUAAACUGUCUUCCUGUUUUUUAAAAGAGGACUUAAUCAGGCCGGAUGACAUGUUCCCUCUGGGGACCAAAGCUUAGAAACUUCCCCUGCAUUGACUCAAUGCUUUUAUCCUGAACGUGUUUCAAAUGUAAUGUGGAUUUGCAUAACUGGAGUAGAAGAGUGCACAAAUUGAGAAUUUACCUAAUUUAUUCCCUUAUUAAGGCUUGUACACAGUACUUCAAAGUGCACAAUUUAGGCUUCAUUAGACAGGUGUGUUAACUCUGCAUAGUAUUCGUUGGGCGGGUCGAAAAAUUACAAAUUUACUUCCCGACCUUUUAAGUCCAACAGCUAAUGUAAACAAAGUUUGAAAUGUUGUACGAGCAGACCAGCCUCUAUAAUAUACAGUACGGUUAAAAAUAAUUUGGAAGCAUUCAAAGUUGCAAUUUGAAACUUUUUUCUCUUGAUUGUUUAAAGUGUAAAAUUGUAGGUUAAAAUGCCAUUGAACCACAUAUUUGUACAAAGAGCUUUAGUAAAUAUUGCGAAAUCCAUUCAAUAUUUCAAUUCAUCCUUCCUCAAAUUCUUAUAAUAUAAUUGACAAUUUUUUUUUAAGUGAGAGUGCAUUAGAUGAGAAAUAAAUUCACAUUAAAAACGUCUUCUUACAGAAGUCACAUUAUUAUUACUUUUUAAGUUCAUACGUUAUGGGAGAGAAAUAUCAAUCACAGUCCAGAGAAAACCUAUAAGAGUUGCUUUCAACUGCUAUCAAUGCAGACUCUAUUAAUGCUAAGAUGACCUUGUACAGUACGUCAUCAUAUAGUAUGACAUGACAUUGUUUCAAGAUACAUUCCUCCAACCUGCAAUGAUUUCCCACACAUACGGUCACUUAUUAUUUUCAUGAGUUGUUUGACAGAUCACAGGAACAUUUUGUUAGAUCAUCCCGACACGGCAAAUGCUUGCUCAGUGUUUGGUAGAAAGGUCUUAUACUCUUAGAACCCCUCUUGAGCUCUUGGCACCCUGUAGAACAGAAGAAGCAUGGACUGCAGUGUGAGCUUAGAGCAGGAAGCUCGACACACAACUGUCUUUGUAAUUGUUACGCUCUCAGAAUCAGUGUUGGGGUUUUAGCUACAUACUACUCAUUAUUUAAGGUAGUUCAACAAAGUCAAGUAAUUGGCUUUACUACAAGCUACUAAUAAAAAGAAGUGAGAGUUGCUAUUUAACGUGAUCUUUAAAUAACAUUUCAUUUUAUUUAAAUCAAAUGUAUAAUUUAAGAAUUAAAAUAAUAUUUUAAAGAGCAUUUUAAGUAUAUACAGACUAUAUUUUUGCAGUCUGACACAAAUCGGUAUUUAUCUGAGAGACAAAAGGCUGGGAUCUCAACUACAGUGAGAGCUUUAAAUAUUAUUAAAACAAUGAAAUGUACUUCAAUGAUUAGAUAACAUUUUUUUGUUUGUGCAAAUUAUAUAAAAUAAAUCAUGGUAUACAAAAUAUACAGUAGAUAAUACAUACAAAGUUAUGUGAAUUAUUUUGCAAACCACAUGCACAAUCUGCCUAAAGUGAGUUACUGUUUUACUCAAAAAGAGAAAGUAGAAUAGAUUAAGACAAGGCAAGUUUCUGUUUGCAAAUUAAUUUGCAGUUAAUUUCUAAACAACAGAACAUAACAUAUUAAUCUCAAUUUAAUAACAGUCAUAUGUAAAAUGCUUGUUCUUUAAGUGCAGUUGUGUAUGUUCAUUGACAGUUGCGCAUUCAGAAGGGAUUUUAUAUGAAUCUCUCAGACAGCUGCUUGUUGUGUAAGGGGUGACACACAGAAUCACACAGGGGCCCGAGGGGGCCCCUGACCUAUUUGUAGACCCUAUUCCACUGGUCCCAUACAGCAGACAUAAACAUAGCGUCUGUCACAUUCAUACACAAAAACACACAUUCAACCUUUCUGGGAAUUGUAUCAUAAACGGUUGAGAAAGAGUGCAAAUGGAUGUAAUGGACUAAAUUGUGUAAGUCCGAUGUGGCUCGAGGGAAAGGUGAAUAAUCGCUGAUAUAAUUCUGAUAUAUAUGAUUUAAUUUAAUAACACACAAUUACUGAAACAAAAUAACACAUCAGAGAAUAUAUUCUCUAAAAAAAGAAGACCCUCUUAGUUGAGAAAGUGGAUGCUGUUAUUGUUAGUACAAUAUAAAAACAGCCGAAUAUCUAUUGUCUGGAUGACAUGUUUAUAUAUUGGUCUGUCAUAUUUUAAGACUAGUCGCAUGAACAAAAUUUGUUACCAUUUGAAAUGCCUAAAUUGAAAGCGGUGUGCAUGUGUUAUAAUAAUUGUCUGGUGGUUACGCACCUUAACAUGGGGAUUUCCAUGAAGCACAAGAUGUUAAUUCUUUUUAGGUAACAUCAUGCAGUGCAGCAUUCAAAACACUCCCACAUACAGUGUCAAAGUCCCAUUCCAAACUAGCAUGAGCACAGGUUAUUCUGGCUUUGGGCGUUGGUUUCUCAUACCUUGAAUCCUCUCUGUACUCGAUAAAAAGGUAACAUGUUACACACUUUUAUGUUUAGGAAACCAAGCCGAGAAACCUCACAAUUGUAUGAACAUUUAGGGCUUUUCCAGCAAGAAGUCUAUUUAAUAAAACUAUAGUAACUUAUAUUAAGUAACAUAUAUAUCUUUUACUAAAAAGAACAUUAUAAUAUGUAUAUGGAUUUUGUUGUUGAUUUGUUUUGCUGUUUUAUUUUCUUACUGUGAAACUUCACCUGUAUCAGCAAACAAGGAGGACGCAGGCAGACAAGAUUAAUAAUUUUCUUUGGGGCUGCCCCUUUGCUUUUGUGCAGUGUCACAUAGAAUAAAAAAAGAGCUGUUUGUGUGCGUGUGUGUUUGUGUGCCUGUGUUUGUGGCUGGAUGCGUGUAUAUGUGUCUGGAUUAUAUGUCCUUUCACUACAGCCUGUCGAUUUUGCAUUUAUGUUAACAUUAAAGGUGAUUUGAGUGA